AUGACUCAUCGGAACAAGACGCUGGCUGCGGCGAUCGCAGCAAUCCCUGCCCAGUCAGAAUUAAGGGUCAAUGCCACCGAAGUGGACGUCUCCUUUGAACUGCUGCUUAAAUUGGCAGUGAAAGGCCGUUCGAACGUUGCAUUUUCGGGAACAUUGUUUUGGCAGAAUUCGACGACGACCUUGGCAGUGACUGCAUCCACUCUCCCCCGUCAGCCACUGGCUCUCACGAUUUCGAGUGAGGGGACGACAAGUCCACAAUAUCUACCUGCAAUGUCCUCCAGCUCGCAACCAGCCCUGACGAGACACGGCGCAACGGUCUUGAUGGAGGCAGCGGACGGAGCAUGCAGGGAGCUUUCGCUGGAUGCUGCAGAGAUUGAUGGCGGCGAUGAGGCCGAGCAGGCUGAGCAGGUGCAGGAAGGCGAGGAACUGGUUCAUGUUGGCGACAACGCGACAUGA